AUGCUUCGCAAGCUCGUGAACCGUCGCACUAUCGCUGCAGUUUCUGGUGCUACUGCCGUCGUCGCAGCUGGUGGAUACUACUACCUCAACUCAGGGCCCACUUACCCCCCUUCUACCAAGGAGUCUCGCCGUCCGCCCCCGCUAUGGACGCCCCCCUCUCGCGAGCAAAUGCUCGAUGCGCUUAGGGCCUCCGCUAGGGACCCCCAUCAGGAGUUCGACCUCCUCGUCGUGGGGGGUGGGGCGACAGGGGCUGGUGUUGCGUUGGAUGCCGCUAGCAGAGGGCUCAAGGUUGCGCUCGUUGAGCGCGAUGACUUCAGCGCAGGAACAUCCUCCAAGUCGACGAAGCUCGUUCAUGGAGGCGUACGCUACCUCCAGAAGGCCGUAAUGGAGCUAGACUACGAGCAAUACAAGCUUGUCGUCGAAGCUCUGCAUGAACGACGCAUAUUCCUCCAGACGGCUCCCUAUCUCUCGCACAUGUUACCGAUCAUGUUGCCUAUUUAUAAAUAUUGGCAAGUCCCAUAUUACUGGGUUGGAUGCAAAAUGUACGAUCUCUUGGCCGGAAAAGAGAAUAUGGAGUCGUCAUAUCUCAUGAGCAAGGGCAAGGCUCUUGAGGCCUUCCCGAUGCUCAAGCAAGACGGCCUGGUCGGUGCAUUGGUUUACUACGAUGGACAACAUAACGACUCCCGUAUGAACAUAGCCCUCAUUAUGACCGCUGUGCAGCACGGCGCGAUCGUCGCGAAUCAUGUCGAGGUAACCUCCCUUGACAAAUCAUCCGCUUCGGGCAAGCUGCAGGGCGCACGCGUUCGCGACACGCUCACCGGCAACGAGUGGGACGUCAAGGCUAAGGGCGUCAUCAACGCGACUGGUCCUUUCUCCGACGCCCUUCUCACCAUGGACGACCCCAACCACAAGCCGAUCGUUCAGCCCUCCUCCGGCACGCACAUCACCCUGCCUAACUACUACUCUCCCCGGACGAUGGGUCUUCUCGACCCCGCGACAUCCGACGGGCGCGUCAUCUUCUUCCUCCCGUGGCAGGGCAACACCAUUGCGGGCACGACCGACACACCUUCGGAGGUCGCCGAGCACCCGCGCGCCCAGGAAGACGAGAUUCGGUGGAUCCUAGAGGAGGUCCGCCGCUACCUGAGCCCGGAUAUCAAGGUCCGUCGUGGGGACGUGCUCAGUGCGUGGGCGGGCCUGCGCCCGCUCGUGCGCAACCCCAACGCAGCGAGCACCGAGGGCCUCGUGCGCAACCACAUGAUCCACGUGAGCGACAGCGGGCUGCUGACCAUCGCAGGUGGCAAGUGGACCACGUACCGCGCGAUGGCGGAAGAGACGGUCGACAAGGCCGUUGAAGUGUUCGGCCUGAAGCCCAAGAGUGGGUGUGUCACGGAGCAAGUGCGCCUUAUCGGGAGCGACGGCUGGAGCAGAAACAUGUUUAUUGGUCUCGUCCAGCGGUACGGCCUCGAGACCGAGAUUGCGAAGCACCUCUCGGACAACUACGGCGACCGCGCCUGGACGGUGCUCUCGUACGCCCAGCCGACGGGCCAGGCGUGGCCCCUCCAUGGCAUCCGCCUCUCCCCCGGCUACCCCUUCAUUGAGGCCGAGGUCCGCUACGCCGUGCGCCACGAGUACGCCGAGACGGCGAUCGACGUCAUCGCGCGCCGCUGCCGUCUCUCGUUCCUCAAUGCCCAGGCCGCGCUCGACGCGCUCCCCCGUGUCGUCGAAAUUAUGGCCGAGGAGCUCCACUGGCCCGCUGCACGCACCAAGGCCGAGACCGCGGCCGCGACCGAGUUCCUGCUCAGCAUGGGCCUCAUGCCGGGCGCGACCCCGCGCCCGACGUCGACCGAGCCGAAGAGCGUGGUCGAGUGUAUGGAGACCGCGCUCGGAGUCAAGACGGGCAGGGAGAAGCGGCUGCGGCGCGCGGCGCAGGAGAUGGUGUACAGCCGGGCGCAGUUCGAGGCGGGCGAGCUCGAGGCGCUCAAGAGCGCGUUCGAGGCGCGCGCGAAGGCAAGCGCGACGACCCAGGCGCAGGACGUCGGCGAGCCGAAGUUGAAGACGGGCGAGCUGUACGAGCUCGUGAAGGGCUUGCCGGGAUUUGAUGCCGUGCGGCCGAAGGAUUAUGAGUAUGUGAUGGAGGAGGUUGGGUACGCGCGCAGCAAGGACGUCGAUUGGAGCGAGUUCAUGGAGAUCUGCGCCGAGCUACGGGAGGUAUUAUUCGCGCCUGCCCCGUCUCAGGACAAACUCGAGAGGCGGAGGAUACCGGUCGAGAAGAGUGGCGGAGGUGUUUGA